UCUCAGAUCUGCUUGGAGAGGAUGCAAGCUCAGCAGCGUUGUGAAGAAGGGGAGGGGGAAGAGGAAGAAGAAGGAGGCGGAGGCGGAGGAGGAAGCAUCAACAGUGGAUCUGAGGGUCCUUUCGGGAAAAGCCCCUUCCAUCUCACGGCCGAAGAUGUGUACGACAUCUCUUACGUUCUGGGAAGGGAGCUGCACACGCUGAGCACCGAGCCCCAGGCCGAAGUCCCCGCCCGGGUGGCCCGCUUGCAAUUCAAGGUGGUCAGCAUUCUGGAAAUGCUGGAAGCCCUGGUGAGCGAGAACCACCUGGCCGUGGAAGCCCUCAAGAUGGAACGAGAGAGCCUGAAAAGGGAAUUGGAGGAACUCCGGCAGCGGGUGACAUCUGGCACCGCUGGAGAGGUAAACCUGGGUCCCAACAAAAUGAUUGUGGACCUCACAGACGUGAACCGUCCCCGUUUUACGCUACAGGAGCUCAAAGAAGUUCUUCAGGAGCGCAACCAUCUGAAAGCCCAGCUUCUCUUCGUGCAGGAGGAGUUGGAAUGUUACAAGAGUGGUUAUAUUUCUCAGAAGCAGGAAAAGGACAGUCCCACGCAAAGAGAACCGACUGUGGGCACGCCCUCUGGUGCCACUAGACUUAAAGAGAAAACGACAAUCAAGCAAUGGUUUGCCUUUAAAAAGUUACGCUGAACUAUUUCCGCCCUGGGAUGUCACAACCUGGAAAGUCACAUUUUAAAAACCGGUCCUGCGGUUGCAAUACUUGAAGUUUGUUUAGUGAUCUGCUGCAGCUGGUGGAGGCUUCAGCCUCUUGUUUUAGCCCAAUUGGUUCUCUUCUUUCUUUUUCUGGUUGGCAUAAAGCUUUUUCAAACCUGCUGCCUUCCAAAUGUCUGGGACUUUUAAAGGCAGAUAUUCUGAUAAUACCUUUGCCCCGGUAAAUUUUUACUGGGAAGUUUGUAUGUCUGCAGCCAGCAGAAUAAAGUUGCGCACUUCGUUUUCAAGAA